AUGGAUGAGAAUCAGGAGACAAAUGUUACUUUCCCUAAUUGUCGACUCACGGAAAUGGGCAAGGAAUACAUGGGCAUGGUCAGGAAGCGCAAAACAGGGAAGCCAUGCAUGAAUUGGAAUGAUUUCUCCGAUAUGACGAAAUACCCAGAGGUAAUGAGCAAGAUCCUCCCGCUGUCGGUAGAUUCCAAGGAAAUGAAGUCAUUCCAGGAAUUCUUCAUCAAUCGGGACCCCCGGAGCUACGUGAAUUUCUGUCGAAAUCCUGGAUGGGGACAGAGACCAUGGUGUUUUGUGUCAAAGGAUCCAGCUAUCAAAUGGGAAUACUGUGACAUACCCUUCUGCAAAAAUAGGGGUAGCUCCGUUCGAGUGCAAGUUGACGAGGAGAGGCUGGGAUUACAUGGGGAAGAAGAACGUGUCCUUCUUGGGGUUGCCCUGAGAACCGUGGCUCAAAUAUUUGACGCUCGAUUCCAUGACAGAGAAGGACAUCCAUUUGUUCCCGGAUCCCGUGGACAGCAGGCGCAACUUCUGUCGUAG